AUGUCACAGUCUGGCACAAAAGGAUGGCGUGCUCCCGUUCGACUCCACUGCCACACUAUUUUUGAUGUGGAAAUUUUUAAGCAAACGGAAACUAAAGGCGCCCCAGACAAUCACGUUACACGUUCUGAAACUCGCCAACCAAAAGUUUCGCUUGCUGAGGAUCCAUGUUAUGAAUAUGCAGCACAGGUUUUUUUACAUACUAUCACUGGCCUGCGGAUUCAGUCUGUCGUACAAAUACAUCAAAUGACAUUCAACGCACCAGAGGAGUGCGUUGCCGGACUUGAGGAGUGGCUCAUGAAUCAAAUGACGUUUCAUUCUGACGAGUGA